AUGACCGGAAGACCGCAAGAGACUUCUCUGUCGCCUAUUUACAUCGUUGGUCAACAGAUUGAUGCACGCCAAGUACCAGGUCAAGGAGGACCGCCAAGUUCGUCUUUCGAUGUCUCCGAAAUCGUCAAGUGCCACGACGUCAAGUACCCUGUGGAUGCGCCAAGUGCCACGACGCCGCAUAAAUUUCUUCUUGAACGUGUACGACUACGUGGAUUCGUCAAGACCCUCGUGUACGACUACACCCGAUGA